AAUAAUUUGAAGACAAAUGGUGUGGCCUGGCUGCCAACGGUCCCUUCAGUGGUCACUUUCAGCAACGCCGUCGGCAAGAAGAGGAAGAGCGCUCGUUCCUGCUGAAGGUCAACCUUGAACGGCGAUGACCUACCUCCUUCACCAGACCUUGUACUGCCUGAUGACGCUCUUCGUCGUCAGGAGGACGUCGGCACAGACCAAAGAGUUCUACCAAAGACACGAGGGGAGCAGCCGCUGCGGGAAUGUCCGAAGGACGGUUCAAGUGACUUCUCUCACAGCUUGUGCUUCCAUAUGUGAAAACGAUGUCGGCUGUACAGGCUUCAACCUCCAGGUACCAGGACAGACAGAGAGAACCUGUCAAGUGACAGACUCCUUCGCACCUUGCGUCAGUGACCAAGGCUUCAGUUUCUACCUGCCGGCGUCGUCCCUUACAACAGUGCCCUCGACUUCUUCAACUUCUACAACCGUGACUACGACCCCAACAACAACAACCUCUACCUCGACCAUGACCACUACGUCAACACCCACAACCAGUACCACUACCCCAACUACAACUACAACAACCCAUGAGACUACUACAACCUCAACAACUACCACAACUCCCACAACUACAACCUCCACAACUACCACAACCCCUACAACUACCCCAACCUCUACAACUACAACAGCCCCAACAACUACCACAACACCUACAACUACCACAACACCUACAACUACCACAACACCAACAACUACUACAACCUCUACAACUACAACAACCCCAACAACUACCACAACACCUACAACUACCACAACACCAACAACUACUACAACCUCUACAACUACAACAACCCAAACAACUACCACAACCCCAACAGCUACCACAACAUAUGAAGCUACCACAAUUCCUACAACUACCACAACCUCUACAACUACAACAAUUCCUACAACUACCACAACCUCUACAACUACAACAAUUCCUACAACUACCACAACUCCUGAGACUACCACAACCCUUACAACUACUACAUCCCCUACAACUACCACUACCCCUGAGACUACUACAUCUCUUACAACUACCUCAACCCCUACAACUAUCACAACCACUGAGAGUACUACAGUCCUUACAACUACAACAACUCCUGAAACAACCACAACCCCUGCGACUACUACAACUACCAUAACCACUGACAGUACUACAACCCCUACAACUACAACAACUCCUACAACUACAACAACCACUGAGGCAACUACAGCCACUACAACUACCACAACCCCUCAGACUACAACAACUCCUGAAACUACAACAACUCUGGAGACUACCACAACCCCUAUGACUACUACAACCCCUACAACUACUACAACCCCUACAACUACAACAACCCCUACAACUACUACAACCCCUACAACUACAACAACCCCUGAGACUACUACAACCCCUACAACUACAACAACCCCUGAGACUACUACAACCCCUACAACUACAACAACCCCUGAGACUACCACAACCCCUAUGACUACUACAACCCCUAAAACUACUACAACCCCUACAACUACAACGACUAUAACAACCCCUACAACAACCACCCCUACAACUACAACUUCUGAGACUACCACAACACCUACGACCACUGAGACUACUACAACCCCUACAACUACCACAACCCCUGAGACUACAACAACUACUACUCCAACUACCUCAACCUCUACUACUACAACACCAACUACGACUACUACAUCAUCAACAACAACCACUACAACUACUCAACAACCACCACAUCACAAC